AGCAACUCUAGACCCUCACACUCUUCACCCAGCACAGCGACUCUCAAUCAUUUUUCUGCCUGAGCCUCACGCAUUGGUUUUAACUCUCCAGCUAAGAUCCCGAGAAAUUCUACGGCGAUGGUGUUGUAUGCGACUGGGUUCAACGCCUGGAACCAACUGCAGUUUGAGGCUCCGCGGGAUGACGAGCCUAACGACGUUUCAUCGUUCACUUGUGUGUUGCACGGGAACGAUGUCGGCGGCAUCCGGCCUUUCCUCUCCUACACUCGAGUGAAAACCGGCGAUGGCAUAUGGCGAGAAGCCGGCCUGUUACCAAAAGCUCACGAGAGACUACGCACGUCCGACGAACGUCUCUAUGAAAGCUUCAUUGAAGCCUCCAACGGUGCCGUAUCCACGACGGCGUCGAGACGCUCCAUCAAUACCCUUCCAUGCGCAGCCUCUUGGCCAAGGAUAAGCCGUCCCAUGCCUUCUCCGGCUUCCGUGACAUGACGCAGCUGGUCACCUACGAAACCGGCUUCGCAGCCCUCACGUCGACAGGCCGAGUCUGGACUUGGGGUGACGAGCGGUACACAGCGUGCCUGGGGAGGGAGCCGUCCGACGACAGCCCGGCCAGCGCACCCGGUCCCGUCACAGACCUCGACGACCUCCCGACCGGCCCGGUGACCAAGCUCGCCGGCGGCGGCUACGUCCUCGCCGCCCUCACGGCGGGGGGCGACCUCUACUGCUGGGGCCACGCGGGGCGCUCCGGCUACCUGGACGGCCUCUCCGACGCGCCGAACCCCGUGGUGGUCGACGACGACAAGGACGUCGUCGACGUCGCGGUGGGGGACGCCCACAUGCUCGUCCUGACCGCCGACGGGGAGGUGUACGUGUUGGGCGACAACGCCAACGGGCAGCUCGGCCUGCCGGGCGUGUCCGCCGCGGAGACUUGGACCAGCGUCGACCUGACCUCCGUCCUCGCCGAGGGGGAAGCAACGGCUGGCGUGGCGGCGGGGCCCAGGAGCUCGUUCUUGAUUGCGCGGCGGCGACAGCAGCAGCAGCAGCAGCAACGGCAGUAG